GUCACGGAAGGGCAGCCCAACAUCUCGCAUGCGGCGUCUUCAGUCGGAGAGCGUCACGUGCUCGGACGGUCGUGCGAUGGUCGGACCGCUGCUGGCGUGUGCGCUGCUGCUAUGUGCGGGACUGGUGCGAGGGUACCAGGUACCUUCCGCCACGUUGGAGGCGAUAUACCCGCGCGGCCUACGAGUCUCCGUGCCGGACGAUGGCUUCACGCUAUUCGCGUUCCACGGAAAACUGAACGAGGAGAUGGAUGGUCUCGAAGGCGGCACCUGGUCCCGAGACAUCAACGCGCCUCACAACGGACGAUGGACCUUCGAAGAUGACAACGCAGAGCUCAAGAUUGGAGACAAAAUAUACUUUUGGACCUACGUCAUUAAAAAUGGCUUGGGAUAUCGGCAAGAUGAUGGGGAGUGGACUGUUGAUGGGUACGUCGAUAAGGCCGGUGAUCCGGUAAUAUUGGCUGGAACUACGACUACAACUAACGCAGAUCCGAGUAUAGUUCCAAGUGUAGAUCCGAGUAUAGAUCCUUACACAACGGCGAGUGUAGAUCCGAGUACAGAUCCUAACACAACGGCGAGUGUAGAUCCGAGUACAGAUCCUAACACAACGACGAGUGUAGAUCCCAGUACAGAUCCGAUCACAGCUCCUGGUGUAAGCCCCAAUUCCGAGUUGAGUUCUGAGACAACAACAGAUUCACCAGCUGUGUCAGCGAGCACAGUGCCGCUGUCCGCUGUUGAGCCCGAAGCUGAUGAGUACCAAUUCCCGUGUAAAGUGUCUGCCACGCAGGUGACGUCAGCUGGGUUUGUAUGUCGGGGACAGCUGCUGUUCGAAGACACGUUCGACGGAGACCUCGACAAGGGCAAAAUCUGGACACCGGAAAUAAAGAUGCCUUGCGCACCGGAAUUUCCAUUUAAUGUAUACUUGUACGACAAGAACAUUGAAACCAGAGAUGGCAAGUUGGUGAUCGAGCCGGAGCUCCUCGAGACCAAGUACGGAGACGGCUUUCUGUGGGAGACGCUGGACCUCACGCUCAAAUGCACCGGUAAGGUGGGCACGAAGGAGUGUUACCGCGAGGCAUCUGGACCAGAGAUACUGCCUCCUGUCAUCACCGGCAAGAUAACCAGCAAAAGGAGGUUUAGCUUCAAGUACGGCAGAGUUGAGGUGGUGGCCAAGAUGCCGCUCGGUGACUGGCUUGUACCAGAGAUCCAGCUGGAGCCGGCCCGGCACGAGUACGGCUCGUCGCGGUACGCGUCCGGUCUGCUCCAGAUCGCGUUGGUCAAGGGCAACGCAGAGUUCGCCAAGAAGUUGUACGCGGGCCCCAUCAUGUCGGACAGCGAGCCCUUCAGAAGCAAGUACUUAAAAGAAAAAAUUGGUCUCGAGAACUGGAACAACGGGUAUCACAACUACACUCUGUUAUGGAAACCAGAUUCAAUCCAAAUGUUCGUCGAUGGAGAGAAAUACGGCGAGGUGGACGCGGGCGAGGGCUUCUACGAGGAGGGCCAGCGGUGUCACGUGAGGGCUGCCCCGCGCUGGCUCAAGGGCACCGCAAUGGCGCCGUUCGAUGAGCUGUUCUACAUUUCUCUGGGUCUGAGCGUGGGUGGGGUCCACGAGUUCCCGGACGCGGCCCGCAAGCCCUGGCACAACCGCGGCUCCAAGGCGAUGCUGCAGUUCUGGGAGGCACGCGACCAGUGGUACCCCACCUGGUUCCCCGAUACCAGCGCGCUGAGAAUCGAUUCCGUCAGGGUGUUCGCCCUUUGAAUAUAAACAUGAUGAGACGUUCUAA